UUUUUCAUGAUUUGAAGUGAAGGAUGAGUUCAUCUGCGUUUAGUUUAAUGCAAGAGGUUGAAGCAGCAGUUCCCAGUGGAAAUCAAAAGCCAGAAUGGCUUGAAUCAUUUUUAGGAAAAACCUUCUUUGACGACUGUUUAGCUCAUCCUAUACGCAAGAAUGAGUUGAAUAAAUACUGUAUCAAUUGUAACAAGUCAGCUUGCCAGUACUGCAUGGCUUCAGGUGCUCAUCGCCUGCACAGAAUAUUGAAAAUUUACAGGCACGUCUAUAGGGAUGUUGUCUCACUUGCUGCCAUGGAAAAGUAUAUUGAUUGUUCCCAAAUUCAGCCAUAUAGAUGCAACAAGCGAUUGGUUAUAUCUCUAAGUCCUCUCCCCCACUCCGGCUCGAUAUCCAACAUUGGGGCAGCAUGUGAGACCUGUAGAAGAAGAUUAACUGAACCAGAGCUCUUUCGCUAUUGCUGUUGUAGCGUUUUCAAGGAAGGCCAGCGACUCAGAUCCUCCAUUUCUUACCGUCCAGAAUAUAGACAAGGACAAGCAGAAGAGGGUUCUGUCACCUGA